AUGACAACAACAACUGAAACUUAUCAUACAACAUUUACAAAUUCAACAAUCAAUAAUAAUGAUGAUCCAUCAUUAAUUGUUGCUAAUGUUACAAUUGAUGAAUUAGUUGAAUCAUGUUGUAAUGAAGUAUUACCAUCAUCAUCUAGUCAAUUAAAUAGCAGUAGUAAUAGUGUUUCACCAACACAUCUUGUUCGUUUUGUUCAUUCACAAUCAUCACUUGUUAGUCAGAUAGAUGAAACAAAUAAUAUACAACAAAAUCCAUCAAAUAUAAUUAUAUCUAGUCAUGAUAUACCAUCUAUUAAACAAACACCAUAUAUUAAUGUUAUUAAACGUUUACCAUCAACAAUAAAACCAAAAACAAUAAUUGAGUCAACAAAUUCAAUGUAUAAUACAACAAAUUUAACAAAUAUAACAGCUAAUAAUAUAAGUGUUAAUAAUUAUAAUGUUAAUAUUCAUACAACAAAUGUUCCACAACAACAACAAUCAAUAAUAAAUAAUGAACAUUUAAUUAAAAAAUCAAAUUCAUAUGAUGAAAAACAAACAACUGAAAUUGUAACACAAAUAUUAAAAAAUAUUAAAGAAGUUGAUGAACAAACAACAACAACAACAAAUUAUAAUAUACAUAUUGAUUCAUUUAAUUUUUCAUCAUCCAUAAAUGAACAACAACAAUCAAUAAUAAAUAAAAAAUCACGUAUUAAAAAAGAAGCUAAAGCUUUAACAAAAAUUAUUGUUAAAGAUGAUUUAAUACAAUCACCUAUAUCACCAAAUUUUUUACGUACAAAAAAAACAAUAAAACAUCAUCAAUAUGAUAAUACAAAUAUAUUAAUAGAAUCUAUACCGGUACCAUAUGGAUGGCAAAGAAGAAUAUUAUCUACAGAUAUUGUUGUUUAUUUAAGUCCAACUAAUACAAUACUCGAUUCAUUAGAUGCUGUACGUCAUUAUAUUGAAUCACCAACAUCAUGUAAAUGUGGUCUUCAAUGUCCACUUAUUAUUGAUAAGGUAUUUAAUUUUGAUCCAAUGAAAAAAUCAAAAUCUUGGGAAGUUGUACAAGUUCUUGAAGGUACACAUUGUCGACAAAAAUCAAAUAUAUUAGAAAUGGCAACAUUAACAAAUUGUAUUGAUUCAUUUUGUGAAACUGAACAAAAACCAGUUAAACGUCGAAAACGUAUAUAUAAUGAAUCAACAAAUGGAAAUGUAUUUGUAUGUGCUUCAAAUUUAAUUGGAAAUAGUAAUAAUAAUAAUAAUGAAUCAGUUGUUUUUGUUAAUAAUACCGAUCAAAUAUCUGGUAUAGAAAAUAGUCAAUCGAUGACAUGGACACCAAUACAACAAACAAAUAUAACUCCACCAUCGAAACGACCACGUGGUCGUCCACGUAAAACUACAGUAACAUCACCAAUAAUUACACAUCUUGCUGCUAAACCAUCAAAUGAUACAUAUCAAACACAACCUGUACCAUCAUCAAUACUUUCUCCACCAGCAUCUGUUUCAUCAAUAUCACAAACAAAUUUUGUUCAUAGAAAUUCAACAUCACCAUCAACAAUAUUUCAUCAAACAAAUAAUAUACGUCAUAUUAAUGAUAAUAUAUUAACUCCACCAAUUUUAUCAUCUUCAACAACAACAACAGAUACAAAUGUUAUUGCACGUGUUCCAUCAAUAUUUGAUCAAGUUAAAACAGCUACAAAUGAAUCAACAUUUGCUGUAUUAUCAGGUGUACAAAAUGUUUUAUUAUCACCUAAUCGUGAUUCAAAUAAUAAUGAUAAACGUUUACAUGUUGAUUCUAAUUCAUCAAUUGUAUCUACAACAGGCAAACAGGUAACUUUAAAUGUUAAUGCUCUAAAAUCAGAUUUUGUUCGUUCAACAUCUUCUAAUUCAAAAUCAUCAUUAUCAAAUCAAAUUGAUGUUAUUUCAUUAAUGGGUACAACAAAUCAAAAUCAAUUAACAAUUCCAAAAACAUCAACUAUGGUUACUAUACCAUCAACAACACAUGAUGAAUAUAUAUCAAUUAAAUCUACAAAUGAACAAAUUAAUGAAUCAACACAACCAUUAAUGAUUGAUUUUAAUGAUCCAUCAACAACAAAUUUUCUUUUAUCAGCACUUGCAUCAGGUGCAUCAUCAGAUUCAAAUGCAAUUGUUAAUCAUCUUUUUCAAAAAGCUCAAACACAACAACAACAACAAUCAACAACAAUAAAUUCUCCAACAAUAUCAAUUCAAAAAAAAACUUUACCAAUUAUUUCAUCAAAUAUAAAAAAUUGUACAGAAACAACAAAUUUAUUACCAUCAAUACGUCAAUCAACAGUUGUAUUACAUGUACCAACAACAAAUGAUAUUAAUCAACAAACACAACAAAUUAUAUUGAAUAAUAAUAAUGAUGAUAAAAAACAACAACAUCAACAAAUAUUUUUUAUUAAUAAUAAACCAUAUAUAAUUCAACAAAAAUUAACUCAUGAACAAUCAUCACAACAACGAUUAAUUCUUACACCAUCAAUAUCACAAUCGAAUGAAACAUCUCAUUCAAAUCGAAAUAUUGUUAAUAUUAAUAAUAGUAAUACAUGUAUUCAAUCAACACUUGAUGAUGGUGGUAAUUGUCUUUUAUUAAAUGGACCUGUUGAACCUAAAACACUUCGUACAUUACUUAAAGGUUUAAAUUCAUCAUCAUUUUCUGGUGUUGAUAAUUUAAUUGAUACAAUAAAUCGUUUUGAACAUAAAACAACAACAACAACAAAUGAAAAAAAUGAUAAUCUUUUAAUAAAAUCAAUUCGUACAACAAAAAAAUCAAUUGAUACAAAUAAAACACCAAUAAAACGUCGUGCAGCUAAAAAAAUUAAACAAGAAGAACAAAUUUCAAUAUCACAACCAAUUAUUGUUGAACAACAACAACAACAUCAAUGGCAAACAGAUUUUAAUACAUUUGAUUUUUCAACAUCAUGGGGAAGUGAUACAAAUCUUAAUUCACUUUUACUUAAUGAUGAUUUUGAUACAGCUGCUUCAUUUGAUGAUGUUAAUUUUGGUGAUUUUGAACCGUAUAUGAAUGGUAAUAAUAAUAAUGAUAUAACAUUACCAUCAUUAUUUGUUAAACCAUUACCACCAGAUAGUUUAUCAAAUCUUGAUCAUUUAUUACCUUAG